CCGGCUCCGCAUCGCCGCGGCCGGAGCCCACGCCGCCCGUGCCGGCGCUCGGCCGAGGAUGCUCCCGGGCUUUUGUCCCCCCGCGGCAGCCUUCGGGAGCACUCUCGUCCUGGGUCGGUGAAGGUUCUUUCUCCCUCUUCCCCCCCAACCCGUCAUCCCUCCCCUGCGAGGCAGCCCGCCCAGGAGGGCUUUAACAUCAGUCCUCUCCCGUGCGCUGGGUGAAGUUGCUGCCAUGCCUGCUGCUGGGUCCCGGCGCACCGGGAGCGGCGGGGAGCUGGAUUUACCGGGGAGUUGUGCUGCAGACAAUGCACAGCAGCAGCAUCUGGAGCAGCCCUGGGGACUGGAGCUCCGGUUUUGACAUUGCUACACACACACAGCACCAGCCGCAAUGACAGCAGCUGCCUGGAGUGGCUGCGGGCAGCAGGCAGGAGCAUGAAGUGAAGAGAUCACUGCAGUGCUCAAGAUGAACUCCUCUUUGGUUGGCAACCAGAGUGGCCGGCCGUUCUGUCUCCUGGCCAUUAGCUAUUUGGAGACCAUCAAUUUUUGCCUCCUGGAAGUGGUUAUUAUUGUGUUCCUUAUGGUGCUGAUUAUUUCGGGCAACAUCAUUGUGAUAUUUGUCUUUCACUGUGCACCUCUGCUGAACCACCACACCACCAGCUACUUCAUCCAGACUAUGGCGUAUGCUGACCUCCUGGUGGGCGUGAGCUGUCUGGUGCCUUCUUUGUCUCUGCUGCACUAUCCUAUUGUUUUAAGUGAGUCCUUGGUUUGCCAAAUCUUUGGUUAUGUGGUAUCAGUGCUGAAGAGUGUCUCCAUGGCCUCUUUGGCGUGCAUUAGUAUUGACAGAUACAUCGCCAUCACGAAGCCGCUGACCUACAACACGCUGGUGACCCCAUGGAGACUUCGAAUCUGCAUACUGAUCAUUUGGCUCUACUCCUGCCUGGUCUUCUUACCCUCCUUUCACUGGGGAAAGCCUGGAUAUCACGGGGAUGUGUUUCAGUGGUGUGCCAAUUCCUGGAACACCGAUCCCUAUUUUACCCUCUUCAUUGUGGUGAUGCUCUACGCCCCGGCUGCUUUCAUCGUCUGCUUCACUUACUUCAACAUCUUCCGCAUCUGCCAGCAGCACACCAAGGAGAUCAACGAGAGGCGAGUGCGCUUCAGCUCUCAGGAUGGGGAGGCUGGGGAGGCGCAGCCCUGCCCGGACAAGCGCUAUGCCAUGGUUCUUUUCCGCAUCACCAGUGUCUUCUACAUCCUCUGGUUGCCCUACAUCAUCUAUUUUCUGCUGGAGAGCUCCAAUGUCUAUAGUAACCGCGUUGCGUCCUUCUUGACCACUUGGCUUGCCAUUAGCAACAGCUUCUGCAACUGUGUCAUUUACAGUCUCUCCAACAGUGUCUUUCAGAAGGGGCUUAAGCGGCUCUCGGGGGCUAUUUGUGCCUCUUGCGCUAGACAGAGGGUAGCUAAGGACUCCUCUACCUCUAGGAGCAAAAGAUCUUCCAAUGGAUGUCAUGUUUAAGACUCCUAUCAGCUGGACUGGGAAGUGCAGGGACAAUUCCAUGAAUAGCAAAAAUAAGUUAAAUAUGAUUUUAAGAUGUCCAGAUUUGCAAAAAGGUCUCUGAGAAAUGCUGCUGACAUAGAAGAAUCAGGAGCACUUAUCAGUGUGGUUAAAAAAUAUUGCUGUGGAGGAGGCUGUGGAGUUUCACCUCCAUAUUCAUUUUUAAGAAUAAAGCUGUAUCUUGACACUUACCUCUCCAGCUGGUGUGACUGAAUGGAGUGGGUGUCUGAGAGCUUCAGCAAAAUGUAGUCUUUCUUACAGCUUUACUAGGUUCUUUUCAAGAUUCGUGCUUCACAUGUAAAUGAUAGAUCUGAAGUGGAAAUGUCACAGUAUAUGGUAUAUUACAGGGAUUUUUUAAUAUAUGCCAAAGUAUAUUGACACAGUGUUCCAGCAUCGUAACAGAAGGGGCCAAACAAUGUUGUUUUUUCAGUGCUACCUAGACAGGACUUCUAGAACAGCAGUGACCAGUGUGAACAUUUGAGUGUGACCUUAAGGUCUUACUGAGCCGUGAGGGCAGCGAUGGGAUCUGAAGUCCUACGCUUAGGAGGACUGCCCUGGCUUCCCUGCCUCGUUUCUCUGGUAGGAGGCAUGUGUGCCAUCAGAGUACAGCAUCUGCAUUUGCCUGUUUGCUGGGAAGGAAGAAGAAAAACUUGGAUCAGACCAAAUUUAGCAGUUAAAUAAAAUGUGUUUUGAUAAGCUAAGAGAAAAUACGUGUUGCUUUAUGAUACCAGAGUUGUGGCAGCCACUUGAGGAUGAUGCCAACAUGUGAAAUUAUGCUCAAACCAGUGGAGAAAUGCCACAGUUUUGUAUGUGGAAAUUUUCUCAAGAACAACUUUAAAAAUAACAUGUCCCUUUUUUUUUUUUUUUAAUCUAAAUUCUUCUGAUAUUUUACAUACUAGAACUUAAGGGGAAAGGAAAGAAAACGAUGGUCUUCUAAACAGCUAAGGGAACUAUGUUGUAAAUUUAACUGUAGUAUUUGAGUUAUUCAUAAGUGCACAGAGCUAAAUCAGAGACAUUUUUCUUUAGCCUUCAUGGGAUUAAAGACAGUUCGAAUAUAGCAGGAGCUAAAUCCUGUUGGCAAACACAUAUCUAACUGGUCAGACAAAGUCAAUGUCUGAGAAACAAAAUCUCAUUGACCACAGCUUUCUCAAGCUAGCUGAGGUUAAAUCUUUGUGAGUACUGUAACACUGUUAAGAAGGCACUAUGCCCCUCAAAUUGGUUAGUUUUUCCUAAAGCGUAUCCUUGUCUUUUUACUGAUGCCAUACUGAAAAGUGAAAGUGAACCAAGUAUUCCUGUAAUAACGGAUUACAGUCAGUGUUGUCUUAUCUCACCCUGUGCCUGGUACAGGGAUAUCCCCCACCACCCCUCUGCUUGGAAAGCAGGUUACACACCGUGACCAUCCGCAGUUCGCUCCCUUCGUCGUGCUUCCAGUGGGUGCACUGGGCUGAGCCAUGGGAAUUCUGUGAGCUCGUGGGUUACAGGUGGUGUGCGCUGUUAGAGCGGGAAUGGAAAAAUACUAGGGAAAAUGAUUUAGAUGUUUUUAGGAUCGGGGUAAUUCUCUUGGCCAAAGGGAAGACUCUGUAUUUUUGUUAAAUGGUUUUAGGUCUACUGUUGUUAUAGAUCAGGAUCAUCAUCUUCUUGGUACCCUGUCCCUCCCACAAGCAUACACAUACCUUCCUCUCUGGUGUGCUGUGAGCCCUGGCUUCUCAUCUUCCAUGUGUUGCCCUGGAGGACAACAGUUUGUAUCUCUGUCCUGUCACACAUGGAUUGCUACAGACCAUCCUGCUUGCUGCCUAUCCACAUUACUGCAGUAAUGUGGUCUUGUGAGGCUGCCAGUGAGGAAAUGGGGAGGAAAAGGGAGAGCAGCAGGAUGAAGCACUGCUGGCACGGCUUGUGCUUGUCAGUGCUCGUUGCUGAUAGACAUGAGUUCCUCUUACAGAUGUGUGCGUGGGGCAGAAUCCCCUGCUGUUGCUGCCUGGUUUUGGCUUGACAGCCCUGUUACAAGGCAGGUUUAAGUCAUCUCUUGGUCUGCUUUCAACAUAUUUCAUCCAUAGGCCAAACCUCUCAAGAUAAACUUUCUCUAUAGUUGAUCUGAAAUGUUAAGAACAAAGGUUGUCUAAACCCUGGUGCCUUCACGAUGACAUUUCUUGUUAUCUUCUUAAAUUAAGGCAGUGUCUAGAGCCAGGGCUUACGCUGUGAUCCCCGCACAGUCGUGAUGGAGCUGAUGUGUUCUGCAGAGGUCUCUCAGUCUGGAUUUUGGUUAGAGACACAGACAGCCCUGGCGGGGAUGGAGUGUAAGGGUGUAGUGAGUCAUUUAUAAGUGGUAUAAUAAGCUCACAGCACAUCAGCUGGCUAAUUGCUCUCGGGUGUUUCGCAGGUAUUAUGGCAAAGGUGGGCUUUGGGGGACAAUUUAAGGGCUUUAGUCACUAAUAUCAAAGUGUGUGUGUGUGGUAUUUUUGGAACAGCCUCUCAGGUAAACUCCCAAUAGCUUUUUCUCUGACUCUUCACCUUAUCUAACAUUUCUAAGGCUUUGAAGUGAUGCAAUUUAUAAUUGAAAUAGCGUUUGAUUAAAUUUAAUAGAAGAAAAACAUGUGCUAGGGCCUAAACCACUAAAAAUGGCAGUUUCAGGCUUAAGUGGAAGCUGGAGAGCAAAGAUUGUUGCUUUUUAUUUUAUUUUACUCUUCCAUGGCAUGAAUGGAGGGUUUAAACAGGAGCAUUUUGUCCUAGUUUUUGAGAAUAUGGAAAAAUCUAUAAAGUAGGAAGGAGUCUAAACCAUGGCAUAGAGAUUUAACUUGAGAUGAAGCAGUUGCUGCUUCAGCUAUAAGCCUAGAAUUGUACUUGAAGUGUAGUGUUGUUGCAGAUGCAGAUGCAUGCUUGCAGCUGUUGUUGCUUUGCAGCUAAGGUUCGCUUAUAACAUUCCUGACAGCCAGGCUUUUGUUCAGUUGCCUUACUCAUCUCAGAGUCUUCAUCAGCUCAGAUGCGAGAGGUGAAAAUCAGGAUCUGGAAGUCUCCAAGAGAUGAGGAUGAGGAGGAGUCGCAGCCAGUUGAUACAUUCAAGUUUCAUCCAGUGUUUGUACAGACACUUUUGCCUCAGUAGCUUAGUUUUAGUGUCAAAUAUUUCUCUUUUUGUCUAUGUUAAUUUAUUGAUUUUUUUAAAACUUUAAAUUACUUUUUUCCUUUAAGUUAAUUUAAUGUUGAUCUAGGUUUGUAUGUGAUUACAUGUUUUAAAUACUCGUAAUAUUUGAGUCUGUUGUUUUCAGCUAAAUUGCACAGGGUGAAUCUUGUUCACUGUGCCAACUGUGGAAGAGAUGAUCGUGAAAUACAUUACCUUGUUUGCUCAGCAGUCCAUUAACAUCCUUUGUCAUGUAGUUAAUACGAGGCACAGUAGGUCCUUUUCAUCACAGUCUGGGCUAUGAAUUGUUUUAGGCAGCAAACUUUCCAGUUGGAUCAUUUUCAUCCCUGUAUAUAUGAAACUAAUCCUUUCUUGGCUAUAUUUGUAUCCGAGUGUGCCUGGUGCUUUCGAAAUUGGUAUCAAGAGCAUUGCACAGAGAAAUGCCACACCGAGGAGAAUAUAGAAAUCAAAUCACAUCUUCAUAAAAAUUGUGUAUUGUGAUAUGAUUAAAUGAACUAAUUUUGAAGUUCUAUCUCAAAUUAGAUUUUUUUUAAUUAUUUCAUUAGGGUUAUCUGCCUCACUUUCCAAUUAAGCUGCUAGAAGGUGCAAUUUGCAAUUCAGUGGCAUGUGUUUAGUACCACGGGAAGGAUUUCUAUACGCACAACUUCUCAGAAGGUGAUCAUUUGCUUCAUCUUGAAUUUUUGGUUUUAAUAAAAAGUUUACUGGAACUUUAGGUUGUGGUUAUAUUAUUAUUUUCCAAAUGGAUUGGGAGAAAAUCUGUGAAAGACUAUUUUUUUUUUUCUAUAAUCUCCAAGUGACAGUAUUUUUUAACUCAACAGGUAUCUUUUGUGUGAAAGAAGUGUUUUGAUGUUAGGUUUGUUUUAUUAAAUGUUCCCAGCUUCUACAGUAUUUGUUAUGCUUUUAGGGAGGUUGUACUUGUUUUUAAGCUUCUUAUCACUCAGAAAUCUGUUUCUCCUAGUUGGAAUUCUGACAUGGCUCAGAGUACCAAGGGGCAGUCUUGAAUAUUUGUCACAGAUCUUUGACAAGAGGAAAGUGGUCCAAGGUACCAAGGCACAGAGAAUCACAACAGUGGCACGAGGUUGUGCAAAGAGUCUGUCUUAGAGCAAACCAGAAUGAGGAUUUCCAAAUCUCAGUCUCAUGCUGCAUCUUUAUGGCAUUGUUCUUUUCCUGCUCAUGCAAAGGUUUUACCUGUAAGAAGUCCUAAAUAUCUUCAGUUUCUGUUCUGGAAAAGACACUUCCAAGGCCUCUGUGUGAUGUGAGGUAGAAACAUUCAGUAUUUAAUCAGCAGAGUUUUUGACAUUCCUUCUGGUGUUACCAAGGAUAACAUGUACUGAACCUUCGUGAGUCAGGAAGUCUGAAACAUUUCAGUCUGAUCUUACUCUGCAUCAGGGUUUGAAGUUGACAGAACUUCUAAUUCAGGUCGGUGCUUUAUAAAACAUUUCUUCGGAACUAGUGUCUGAGGAGAGGAGGCUGCCUUUAUACGUAACAAACAAAAGGUCCAUUUAAAAUUCUUCCAAUUACUUGAUUCAUCUAAUACAGGUAAUUUUAAUAAGAGGAGGUGGAGGUCUUGGAGGGCUUUUCUUGUUGUUUCAACACAUUUUUGGUCCUGGGUACUUGAAGUGCCUGCUGUGAAACAUUUGCCUGACCUGGCUCUUAUUUUGUUGUUUAGUUUAGAUACCUUUUUCUUCCGUUUUAUGACUUUGCAGAAUACAAAGACACGUCCUUUCUGUGGUGUCAUUCAAGAUAAACUUGGAUUUUACCUCACUACAACACUCUGAAGUCGACAAAGCACAUGUUUGUAAGUGAUGUUCUUCUGAGAUCCAAGAGGUCUACAGGCCUCUAUGGUUUGUAUACUUAAAUGCAGGAAAAGUCACUUUCUUCCCUUCUGCAACUUAAAGAACGGACACUGCAAAUGCUUUGAGGCUUCCAGGAGGGGAGAGGCUGGGCCAUGAUGGUGGAGAAACACCUGAGCCAAGUCCGUUUGUUCUCCUGAUGAAGCUGCACUUCCUCCCUCCUGUCUCAAUUGGCCUCUUUAUUUCAGUCUGUUUUCUGCUCUUCUCUUUCUCUUCCUUUUGCUGAAGUCCAGAGCUCUAGAGAGCAUGGUUGACAUAGGGCUUUUUUUAUCUUUCAUAUUCUUUGUACUAUGAGUACUGUUGUUUGUAUGUGGCUGUGGUCUCAGGUCAGUGCGUUAGAUCUGUUAGUCACUUCAGGGCCUGUAAGACCUCGUAAUGGUGUGGGCUUGAAAUGCAUUUGGUGAGGUUCCGUUUGGAUUCCCUUUGGAUCUGAUGUGGCGAUCCAGCCCCUCCAUUUCCAUACAGGUAAAAUGGGAUAAUAUCAGUCUGUGUCAUGGUUGGCCAUCUGAGGUGUUCGAACAACAGGGAAAUAAUCUGAUGUGAUACAGUUUGUUCAGUCAGCUUAGCUUCUCACUUGGUUUUGUUUCUGUGACACACGUUCUCUAGACAGGUGAGGUGCUUUGUCUCCGCAGGCAGCUUUGCUGAUGGUUCUCCGCUCAAUAUUGACUUACGUCACCUUUCAGUUUUUAUUCCCAUUGCAGAGUUUAAACCAAGCCACAUGCAUUUAAUGGUGGUUGCAAAUGGAAGUGUUUGUGGAUUUCACCCACCUCGUAUUUGCAUCUCUUGAGCUUUAGCAGUUAAUGAAAACGUUAACCUAAGUUAAUGUUCCUGUAUCCUGAUCCAGGUUGUUUAUUUACAGCCUCUGGUGUACUUCAGCAAUCUGUCCUGACAGAACUGAUUCUCUAGCCAGUGAACACGUCGAUACUUAAAUGGAGAAACAGAAGAUGUUAAAGUCAUCUUCGGUUUGUGCUGAAGAGGUUGGGGGGGGGAGCUGAUGGAAGGAGGUGCAGACGCUGCUCCGGGGGGCAACCAGGAGGCCAGGUCGCUGUGGGAAUGUUGAGAACCAGCAGCUUUAUUUGCUAAGAAGUUUUUAGGAGUGCUGAGUUGGAUGCACAUUGCAUUAGGGUAUAGUUGGAAUUUUGGGCAGCUCCUGGGGUACAGCACGAGGGUACCUUUGGGCUGUCAGGAAGGCAAAAAGGAGUCCAAACUUCUUGUUCUGACUCCUUUCUUUUUAUGAAUUUGUCAGAUGAGGAUAGCAGUUUUGUAACUCAAAGCUUUGGCUUCUCUCUGGUGGUCACUACUGGAGUCGUUUAAUUAAGAAGUUAAAUAAAUUGAAGUAACUCCUUGUAAAGAUGAACUCAAAUCUUGCUGUGCAUAUGUGAGUCAUUCUUACAUGUUACACCAGUCACGUGAUACGAGCAAUCAGAUGCUUAAUAAACCAAGUCAUUGCUUUUAUGGUAAAUUGAAAAAAGUUCUUCUGGGAUUUCAACUGUAAAUGAAUCCUUGAAAAUCAAUAAUUAGAUUAGUAAAGGAUGACAUUUUAAUAUGCUGGCAGGAAUAUAGAGGGAUUUGUCAGGGGAAGCAAAACCAGACUUUGCACUAAAGUGGCUUAGGUAUAUCUAUAGUGCUAGUGAUUUUAUGUGUGUGUGUGUGUGUGUGUGAAAUCUUUGGACUAUUUUAAUAUAAUGUAAGGCUUUGAGCUUUAGCUAACUCGAGUUGCUCGUUUGAUGAAGUUACAUUAGUACCACACUGUGAAGUAUUUUUAAAUAUUAGCAUUACUGAGUAUUGAAAGUAUUUCAUAAAGACGUUUUUUAAAGAACAUUUUCUGUAGAUGCUGUCGAAUGAAUUGAUGUUUAGUGUACAAAGAAAUAAAACCCCUGAGGGCUGUAAGGUACCCGUGUGUUUCUGAUCACCUCGGUUUUGGAGGGGUUAGGUAUUUCUUGAGGUGAAAUUGUCAUUAAAACCUACUAAAAAUAAUGGUGCAGUUAAUCCUUUCAGAUGACAGGAAGCAGCAUUACGUCCAGCCACGCUUUUGAACUGUCUGAAAGGAUUUGCAAUCGCAUACGUUGUCUUCACAGACUUCUGUCUCCAGAAAUGCUGUACAGCACAGUGUUUUGCAAGUUCCUAUGCUGAUGAAUUUCUCUCCAUAUGUAACCUUUGAAAUCUACUUUCUAUUGUAAUUCUAGCAUGUAAACACUAGAUUCAAUUUUGUAUUCCUCUAAUGAAUGCAACAGGAUGGAAACGAGUUUGCAAUUGCUAAUGAUGAGCUUUUUUACUGUUCUUAAUACUCGUGGGUAUGUCUUUUCUUCAGGGAUUUCAGAAUUGUCUUAGUACCUUUUUUAAUUGUUUUGUUUUUUCCACAUGCUGUUUACAAUUAAACUGCAAGCAUGGGAGGCUGUGCGUGCAUGUGCUUUUAGGUUGCUGUGCUGAAUGAAACACAGUGGAGCAAUCUUAGUUUAAAGGAUGCUUGCUUUUCCUUGUGUCCUCACCCGUCUCCUUCUGCCCUCAUGGUAACUGGUACAGCAGAAGCCACUGGUGAGAUUAGUUCAGUGUGUUCUGUGGAGAUUUGACAUUUGUCAGAGGGUUGUUACGAGGAGUUUUGAGUCCAGCUCCUUACACGAGUAGUGUUACAACUGGUAGUUUAUUCCUGAGUGUUAGUGAGAAGGCAAAAAAAUAGACAAAAUCACAGGUAAGGAUGUGUUUGUGUGUGUUUGUAAGAACUUUGUGCACCUUUUAAUGCUGGAAAUCGUUUUGUAUUAAAAGAUGAGAAAGAAGUGUGAGCGUGAAACCCCUGCUAUAAAGAACUAGGGAAAAAAUCCACCAAAGCAGAUUAGAAAAACAAACAGGUGAAUUAGAGCCAAUCCAGCCCUUAAGACUCUCUAAUGCUGUGUUUAAUUCUGACACAGUGGGGAGUACCAGGGGCUCGGGCUGUGCUCCUCGAUGCUCCUCAUGUCUGCUGGGGUUUGCCCUGUUCUGUACUCUGCAGGGGAAGGGGGAGGUGGUGAAGGUGGGGUUUGGGAUGCAGGGCAGCUGAGGAAGACUUAUUGUGACUCUGGAAUUAUGUAUUUUGUGCCAACUCAGAAUUGCUGUUAAAAUACAGGGGAGAGGGAUUCUCUACCCCAUCAUUUUAAUAGACAUUUCUGUAGCUGAUUUUUUCAACUAAGACUAAUAAUAAGCAAAACUACAGUUGAGCCAAAAAUGACAAAUGUUACUGAUUUAAAAUAAUACUUGCAUAUUUUUCAAUAUUAAAUGGAACGAGAUAAAUCGGAAGCAUGUAAAUAUCUGAUUCUCAAUCUUUGCAUAAUUAUUUCCAAGAGGUAAUUUUGCUAUGAGCUGUUAAAACUCAAAGAAAUGUGUUAUUCCCUUUGAGAUGAUCUGUACCCCAGCUGUGUCAUACAUCUCUUGGCUUGUUUCCUUAUUGCUGUAGAUGUACAUACUUAUAUAUAUAUGUGUAUUGUGUGAUCGUACCAUUACUGCCAUGUUAAAUCACUUGCUUUAAAAUACAUAUACACAUAUAUAUGUAAAAUACAUAUAUAUGUUUUUAAAAUACAUAUACAGACAUAUAUACGUAAAAUAAACAUAGAUAUGUAUUUUAAGCCAAGCAAUUCGCCAUGGCAGUAGUGAUACAGUCACACAGUUUAGGGCUUUGUACAAUAUGUAAUUUUAAGGAUGUCAAUGUGGUUCUUAGCGAAUUUUAUAAACACUUUUCUGACUCUGUUAUCAGCACUUCCCAUCCUAAGAUAAACUGCACAUUCUUCAGUGAUUGUUCCACUGGUUCCAUUUUUUUGUCUGCCAUUUGUUCUGGAUUGAUGUAAUCUUGAUACUACUAAACUUUCAAGGGCUGUUGACGCAUUUCACAUAGCCUAGGAUUGCCUGUUCUCCAAAUGUAUGGAUCAUGCAUCAACAGUACUAAGUAGCCUUACUGUUUUGCCUAAAAGCCUAGCUAAUUUAUUUACUAUUCUCUCUUUAAAGAGAGGUCUCUGGAAGGGGUAGCAUAUUUUGGGAUGCUCCUUCUCUUUAAAGGGAAACUCAGAAUUUGAAUAGCAGUACUUGUUGAUCAGUGAUAUUAUUGUAGCCAAAGGAUGCAUGGGUGGUUUAAUAGGAAGUUUUUUGCUUCAAGUUUCUUGAUGAAAUGUAGUGUUCUCCAGAGCUGUGUGAAGAGUGUAGUUUUUUAUUCUGAAAUGCACUUGUACACUUUAUUUGAACGGUCUGAAUGGAUCAUAAAUACAUUUAAGAAAUAAAUGAUACGUCACAUGUUUUCA